AUGGCACAGCUAAAUGUAUUCUUGUGCUUCCUAGUGUUGUUAUCUUUCACAAGUUUUUGUCAGGGAGCUAAGUGGUGGUGUGUGGCAGAUGAAUGGGCUACUGAUGUAACGUUAUCAGCCUUUUUGGACAGAGCAUGUAACAGAGGCUAUUGUAUUGACAUAAAACCUGGAAAACCUUGUUUCUUGCCUCCUACCAUUCGUAGCCAUGCUUCCUAUGUUCUAAACCUUAUGUAUACCAGAACUUCUAAAUGUCCUCCUCAUUUGGGCAUUCGUGUACAAAACGAUCCCUCUUAUGGAAGAUGCAAGUAUCGAUAA